UCUCUCUCUCUCUCUCUGGUACACACUAGAAAACCAUAGCCAAAGCUCGCCAAGGAGUGAACCUAGACGGUGGCGCCGAAAGGGAGACAUCAGAGAAAAUGGCGGACAGCAAGGCGGUGACAAUCCGAACGAGGAAGUUCAUGACAAACCGGCUUCUCUCCAGGAAGCAGUUCGUCAUUGAUGUUCUACAUCCAGGAAGACCCAAUGUAUCCAAGGCCGAGUUGAAGGAAAAAUUGUCAAGGAUGUAUGAGGUGAAAGAUCCGAAUUCCAUCUUUGUGUUCAAGUUCAGAACCCAUUUUGGAGGGGGCAAAUCAACUGGUUUUGGUUUGAUCUAUGAUUCUGUUGAGAACGCCAAGAAGUAUGAACCCAAAUACAGGCUCAUCAGGAAUGGCCUGGAUACCAAGGUGGAAAAAUCGAGAAAGCAGAUGAAGGAGAGGAAGAAUAGGGCAAAGAAGAUCCGUGGUGUAAAGAAGACAAAGGCUGGAGAUGCUGCCAAGGCUGGGAAGAAGAAAUAAGUUUCAAGAGUUUUGUGGUCAAUUGUGUGGCAGGAUCCAAAAAACAAGGAAUGAUUAUUGCUGCAUCCAAUUUCCAUAUCUGAAUACCGGUCUCAUUUUCUUUUUCUUUUUUUUUUUUUUUCAAUUUCCUUGGUGAAUGACACCUCUGGUGUUCAUCAUGCCCGAUACAAGUCUCAUUUACUUGUACUGACUAGAGUUGCAAAUUGAUAAUUUUGGUUUAGAGUUGGCAUGAUUAUAUAUUUUUUUCUCCGUUGGUACAUGCCAAUGGUCUCUGGACCAUAUUUGUGCAUCAAUUGAAUUCGAAUUAGGUUCUUAGGCUUUUCAAAGUGGUUGACAAGUUUUGAUUCUUGGUGAUUUUACCUUCAUUGCAGACUGGAAAGUAUUGCCUCUUACAUAUCAACUCUGUUGUCUUUGUUUUCCUUGAAGUAAGAACUUCAGAUUCUUCUGUCCAGCUAC